GACACAGAAUCGCGUUUGUCCAAUUGACGCGAAUCUGGCCUUUCCUACAGACAUCUGGACAUGCCUAUCAAGCACGUUCUCAAUGUAGCCGAGGAGGCUGAGGAAGGAUGGGCGAAUUCAUCUGCCCCAUUCAGGCCUGCAAAAUCUGGGGUCUGUGUUAACGAGAAGGGCGAAAGUGUAGGAAAUGGUCUCUUCGCCAAUGUAGAUUUCGAGCCCGGACAGCUUUUGGCAUCAAUCAGGCGACCGAUUAUGGGCUCAUUGGACACUGAGCGCUUACACGACACCUGUGCAAAUUGCUACGUCUGGACGGAAGGCGCAUCAACAGGUACAAGGACGUAUGUUCCAGAGGGCGUCAAAGUUUCGAAGUGCGCAGGAUGUCAAAGGUUCCGCUACUGCAGUAAAGCAUGCCAGAAAGCUGCCUGGAACCGAGGUCACAAAUACCAAUGCAAAAUAUUCAAGAAGCUCGGUGAUAGGGAGAUUCCGAAGGCUGUUCUUGCAUGCAUGGAUCUUCUAACAAUGAAGAAGCACGACAUAAUACCGGAACAGGCGUGGGAGAUGCUGCUCAGUCUGCCAUCUCACAUCGAAGACUUCAAAGCGAAUGGGAACUACGGUAACAUCGAGCUGAUGGCAAUGGGAGCAAGUCAGUUUUCUGUCACACAAGAUUUGUUCGACAAAGACUUUGUAGCAGCCAUGUACGCGAGGGUACUCACGAAUUCUCUGACACUUAUCACGCCUACACUUGACCCCCUGGGCAUCAUCGUAGAUCCGAUGCUAGGCCACUUCAACCACUCAUGUGACCCUAACGCAUACAUCAUUAUGGAUGGCGCCGAGGUGAACGUACGAUCACUCAAGCCUAUCAAGAAGGACGAAGAAAUCUUCAUCUCGUAUAUCGACACGACUAAUCCCUACUCUCGUCGUCAACACGAGCUCAAACAACGAUGGUUUUUCACUUGCAGGUGUGCCAAAUGUCAGAAAGGCGCCACCCUUGAGGAAGACAAGUGGGCCAUCGAUAGCAAUGAUCUGCCCAAGGAGAUGCAAGAAGCCGCCGAAAUGAUGACUAAGACCGAGGACUUCGCAUCCGAUCCAGCAAAUUAUGUCGGGAACUCGAAGAUCGAGAAGUUCAUCGCCGCGAUCCAGGGCAAAGCCUAUGCUGAAUACGAGGCAGCUCAGCGCGCGACUCCAGAACAAGCAAACGAAAUCAUUGUGAAUGGGAUGCGCCUUUGUCACCAAUCUAGUCUAUGGCCAAUUCAUCGUCAACCGUUCGCUGCGCUUAGAGACGAAUUGAUCGUCAACCUGCUUGCAACGGGAGCGUACCCGGUGGCAUGGGCACAAUGCGCGAAACGCUACAAGCACAUCCAACCGAAGCUCUACCCUGUACCGUUCCAUCCUGUACGUGUGGUCCAAACCUGGCAGAUGGCUAUGUUGGCUGCUUAUUUUGCUGGCGAAGAGGAGGGAAUCGGGGCGCCCGGAGCAAACAUGGGGCUGAUCGCAAUGAUGCUCACAAAGCAGGUGCUCGACGCUUCGAUGUUGAGUCACGGCCCGAAUAGCGCUUUCACGAAGAGUGUGCAGAGCAAAGCGGAUGAGAUGAGUGAGGAACUGAAGAGGAGCCUAGGCGAGAACCCAAAUAGAGAUGUGAUCAACAAGGAGCUUGAGUCGCAAAAGGAGAUACUGAUGGAGAUGGGUGACUGGAUCCCGUACUAGUGCCACUGCGUACGACCACGAGAUAGUUUACCUAGGUACUAUUGGAACCUCGAAAACAUCGUCUGUGAAAUCGACCGCUUGUGAGUAU